AUGGUGCGUGUAGCGGAAGAAGAUACGGACUAUCAGAGAUUAUUAUGGAGAUCAUCAGCUAACGAGCCAGUAAAGCAUUACAAACUACUGAGGCUGACCUUCGGUACAGCAUGUGCACCGUAUCUAGCCGUAAAAUCUCUCCAGGCACUUGCACACGACGAGAAAUUAAAGUACCCUAUUGCUGCUAAAACUACUGAAACUGAUUACUAUAUGGACGAUCUCCUCUCUGGAAGCGAGACAGUAGAAGAAGCUAUUGAUAUCUACAACGAGAUGAACAACCUCAUGAACUCGGGAGGAUUUCAACUUCAAAAAUGGAGCAAUAAUUGUGAAGCCUUGUUACAGUAUAUUGGGGAAAACAAACGCGAUGAUAAUGAGUUGCCCUUUAAAGUUAAUAGUGUCAUUAAGGUGCUAGGUUUGACCUGGAAUAGAGUAGCCGAUACUUUCGAAUAUACUGUCAAUUUACCAGAACCUAAGCAACCAAUCACAAAACGUCAUAUUCUUUCCGAAAUAGCUAAACUUUAUGACCCUUUAGGAUUAAUAGCGCCUGUUGUAGUAAUAGCUAAGAUGAUCAUGCAAAAGUUGUGGAAGACAGGUCUAGACUGGGACGAGCCUAUUGACGGUAUUUUGCAAGCAGAAUGGCUGCGAUAUCGUGAAAACCUGAUGUGCAUCAAAGACCUUAGCAUACCAUGA